AUGGAGUGCAAAUUAUUUGAUAAGCCUAAGAACAAGCACAAGAAGGGAUUGUGGUCACCAGACGAAGAUCAGAAGCUGAGAAACUACAUCCUGAAACACGGCUAUGGCUGCUGGAGCUCGGUUCCCAUCAAUACUGGCUUAAAAAGGAAUGGAAAGAGCUGCAGAUUAAGGUGGAUUAAUUAUUUAAGGCCAGGAUUAAAGAGAGGAACGUUCAGCACAGAAGAGGAGGAGACAAUCUUGACCCUUCAUCAAACAUUAGGCAACAAGUGGUCUCAAAUAGCACACCAUUUGCCUGGAAGAACUGAUAACGAGAUAAAGAACUACUGGCAUUCUCAUCUGAAGAAAAAGGUAGCAAAACUAUAUGAAACUGAAACUCAGGCAAAAGAUGUAUCCACAGGUGGAGAAAUGGAAAAUUUAAACUCUUCUUCUUCCCUGAAUUCGACUACUCAAAACUCGAGUUUCAAUUCAAUCGAACACAUGGAAGGAUCAUUAAUGGAUACAGAUCAAUCUACUAAACAAAAGAAUCAAGCCCAAAAUUUUAAUUUACCCAAAAUUCUUUUUGCUGAAUGGUUCUCAUUAGAUCAGUUUCAUGGCAAGGAUUUGCAGAAUUCUAGCUUCUUCAACAAUAAUUUUGACAACCCUAAUACAAACUUUCAAGAUGAAUCCAUUCGUGGUUUACGGCUUGAUGAUCAGACGGUUGAGAUGGAAAUGCACACACAACCAAACAACAGUUCAGUUGAUAUAUUUUUUCCACCGUUUGACCAAGAUCUGCUUUUGGAUUAUUUUCCUGGUGAAUUCAGCAUGAGUUAUGACGAAUUGUAUAUAUGA